AUGACCAGACUUGGUCUGACACCCGACUCGUUCAAGCGCCGUACUCUUGAUGACAAGCACAAUCAACUCAACAAGACUCUCAAGGGCCGUCACUUGAGCAUGAUCGCCAUCGGCGGUUCAAUUGGUGCCGGCCUGUUCGUCGGGUCCGGUGGUGCUCUGAGAAGAGGUGGUCCUGCUGCGCUUCUCAUUGCUUUCGGAAUCAUGGGUGUCAUGAUCUUCAACGUCGUCUACGCGCUCGGUGAAUUGGCCAUUAUGUAUCCCAUCUCGGGCGGCUUCUAUACCUACUCUGUUCGAUUCAUCGAUCCCGCUUGGGGCUUCGCCAUGGGCUGGAAUUAUGUCUUCCAAUGGGCUAUCGUUCUUCCACUUGAACUUGUCGUCGCUGGUCUGACGGUCAAUUACUGGGGGGCCGAUGUGAAUGUCGGCGUCUGGAUCACAGUGUUUUUCCUUCUCGUCGUCCUCAUCAACGUCUUCGGAGUCCUCGGCUAUGCAGAAGAAGAAUUCUGGGCGUCACUACUCAAGCUCUCGACUGUGUCCAUCUUCUUGGUCAUGGGCGUCGUUUUUGUCUGCGGUGGAGGCCCUUCGAACGGCAAGUUCAGCGAGUAUCACGGCGCAAAGUAUUGGUACAAUCCUGGCGCAUUUGCCGACGGCUUCCCUGGUCUCUGCUCCGUCUUCGUCACGGCUGCUUUCUCCUUCUCGGGCACUGAGCUCGUCGGUCUUGCUGCCGCCGAGUCUGCGACUCCUCAAAAGUCUCUCCCUUCUGCCGUCAAGCAAGUCUUCUGGCGCAUCACCCUCUUCUACAUCCUUGGCUUGUUCUUUGUCGGUCUGCUCGUUCCUUACGAUGACCCUCGUCUUCUCGGGUCUGGUGGCUACCUUGACGUGUCUACCUCUCCUUUCGUCAUCACCGCUGUCGAUGCCGGUAUUCCUGGAUUCGGUGAUUUUGUCAACGCCGUCAUCUUGGUCUCGGUCAUCUCGAUCGGUCUGUCUGGUGUCUACGGAGGAUCUCGUACAUUGACUGCACUGGCUGAGCAGGGCUACGCUCCUAAGUUCUUCACAUACAUUGACAAGGCCGGUCGUCCUUUGUGGUCGACUGUUUUCGUCCUCGCGUGGGCCCCUCUCGCCUACAUCACCCUCGGUAGCACUGGUGUCAUCGUUUUCGACUGGCUACAGUCGCUGUCUGGUCUCGCAGCCCUCUUCACCUGGGGAUCCAUCUGUCUUGCCCACAUUCGUUUCCGCGCCGCCUGGAAGUAUCAAGGCCACAGCACGGACGAGCUCCCAUUCAAGGCUGUCUUUGGUGUCGUCGGAUCAUGGAUUGGCUUGAUCCUAAUUAUUCUUGUCCUCAUCGCCCAGUUUUACGUCGCUAUCAGACCUAUGGACGCCGAGGCCUUCUUCGCUGCAUAUCUCGCCUUCUUUGUUGUCAUUGCCUUCUACAUUGUCGGCUGGGUGUGGAAGCGCCAGGGCUGGCACAAGCUCGCCGACAUCGAUGUUGAUUCUGGCCGUCGCGAGAUCGAUUGGGAGCACUUCAACAAGACAAGAGCUGUGUACGAUUCAUACCCCAAGUGGCGCAAGUUCCUGAGCCAUUUGUUCUAA